AUGCCCAGCAAGACGCCAAACAACAACGGAAAGAAGCCUGCCGGGAACAACGUCCAGAAAAAUAAGGACGUGGAAAUGACAGACAGCACAAAGCCCAAGGGCAAGAAGUCCGCCAAGGAUGGCGAUGAAGAGAUGACCGUUGUUGUUCCGCCUUCAAAGUCGAAAAAGUCUGACAAGAUGGCGGCUGAUGCUGAAGGUGAUGUGUCAAUGGGCGAAGAAGAGGAAGAGGCCAAGGUUGACCCUGUAACACAGACUAUCGCAGAUCGCGCGGUUUCACUUUUCGACGCCAGAUUCUCCCUCCGCGCCUUACGAUCUAUCUCCAUCAUCCGCAAGCGUUUGACUCCCGAUAUCAUUGCACAGGUCAUUUCCGAGGCCUUCCCAGCUACCGCCAACUCGAGUGCUAUUGUCAAGCCGCUCUUGUCUGCCAUUGAGCGCGACGAUGUUAUUCUGGGCCGACAGAGUGGUUCAGAGAUGGAAAUCGAUGAGGCGAAGACGUCUGGCAAGAACGGUGCUAAGAAAGAAGCCAAGGAACCCAUUCCUGAGAUUGAUAUUUUCCUUGGUAUUCUUGUCCAGGUCUACCUCUUUGACUCCAAGCAGUUCCAGCGCGGUGCGGACUUCUCUAAGUACCUUUCGGACAGAGUCCAAUCGCUCAAUCGCCGUACACUCGACUCUUUGUCUGCCAAGGUCUACUUCUACUACUCUAUCUUUUGCGAGCACAUUGCGCCUCUUCCCCCUUCUCCCCAAUCUCCCGUCGUCGCUAUCCGGCCAACUCUCCUCGCCGCUCUUCGAACUGCCGUGCUACGUAAAGAUGUCGACACACAAGCCUCGGUUAUCGUUCUACUGCUGCGAAACUAUCUAUCAACUUCGCACAUCAACCAGGCUGAUCUCUUGGUCUCGCAUACCCAGUUUCCCGAGAACGCUGUCAACAACCAGGUAGCACGAUUUCUCUACUACCUCGGUCGCAUUCGAGCAAUUCAGUUGCGCUACACCGAGGCUCAUGAGCAUCUCACUGCUGCCACUCGAAAGGCUCCUUCUAGCAGCUGCGCCCUUGGAUUUGCUCAGACGGCCACCAAGCUGCUCUAUGUUGUUGAGCUGUUGAUGGGUGACAUUCCUGACCGAGCUAUGUUCCGGCAGCCAACAAUGGAGGUCGCCCUCCAGCCAUACUUCCUCUUGGUCAAGUCGGUCAGAGUUGGGAAUCUUGAGGACUUUGAAACAGCCAUUGCCGAUCAUGCCGAUACCUUCCGACGAGAUGGCACGUACAGUCUCAUCCUCCGUUUACGACAGAACGUCAUCAAGACCGGCAUUCGCAUGAUGUCUCUGUCCUACUCUCGCAUCUCUCUUCGUGACAUUUGCAUUCGUCUGCAUCUUGGCAGCGAGGAGUCGGCUGAGUACAUUGUUGCCAAGGCUAUCCGCGACGGUGUGAUUGAAGCUACCUUGGAUCGCGAGAGGGGUUUCAUGAAGAGCAAGGAGGUUGGUGACGUGUAUGCUACUCGUGAGCCGGGUGAGGCGUUUCACGACCGAAUUCGAGCUUGUUUAGCUCUCCACGAUGAGAGUGUAAAGGCUAUGCGAUUCCCUAUGAAUCAACAUCGUCUUGAGCUCAAGAAUGCCCAGGAGGCCCGCGAGCGUGAGCGUGAGAUGGCCAAGGAGAUCCAGGAAGGUGACUUGGAUGAGGACGACCUCGGCGGAGACUUUGAUGGUAUCUAA